AUGGCCCGCACUCGCGACUCGACAGACUCACUCGCCUCCCUCGACUCGCACGUCUCUUCCCUCCCCUCAGUGCUGAGCCUCAGUUCGUCAGAAGAAGAGCUGCAGAGGUUACAAAAAGAAUGGGAUGAGCAGAUGGAGCAGUUCAGGAUCAUCAUCGAGGUCGUCGCAUUGCCAUUCUUUGGCAAAUGGCUCGGAAGGAAGAGUGCGCAUUGGGUAUAUCGAAGGUGGUUGACGAUGGGAUGGACGGCUAGGUUCUUCGUUGGAGAGACAAUAGCACGGGAAUUCGCUAGCAUCGAGGCAUUCUUCACCCUCUAA